AAACUAGACUGUGGACUGAUCCGUGGUUGUCCCAGGGAAGAAUUGUAGAUGUUGUUGGAAGGAAUGUGAUGCUUUACUUUGGUGAAAGAGACUCUUUGGUGAGUAGAUUUCUAGUGAAUGGACAGUGGGCCCUCCCCUUUCACCUCAACUCUGGCUCAGCUGUGGGAAGAGAGAAAAAGGGUGGAACUUCCUGCCCGAGGUACACAAGAUCAGGUUGUGUGGAGCAAGGAGGCGUCGGGGGAGUUUUCUAUGGGUCUGCUUGGAAUGUUAUCAUACGCAGAGGCCAUCCAGUUGAAUGGUCUCAUGUUGUUUUUAAGAAAGAAAUAUGACAUACCAAAAGAGGCCUGUUGUGCAUGGCGAGUUAUGAAUGUGGUGAGGCUACUGAUGUAGACUGUUUAGCGGUUAGCUGCGGGUAAAGGAAACAUAGACCGAGGACCAGUAAGCGGAUUCAAAGUUCACUUAUGAAAGCAGCGGUUAGGGCAGCGGGGGUAGCAGUUUCAGACGAGUAACUCAGUCGUGUCUGAAUUCCCUUGCUUCGCUCCGCGCCUCCGGUUGUAUUUUAGACUAGCAGGCGCAACGUGAAGGAACGACUCGUCCUUCGCUACGGUCUGCUGUGUCAAAUGUAUGAUAGGCUGCGAACGACGCCUAGGGUUUAUCCCGGUAGGUUCUUCAGAGGUCUGUGUAUCUAAAGUAAAUCCCCUUUAGCAAGGCGCUAGCUUACCAAAAAAGAUGCAUAUACAGUUGUCGAGGCAGUUCACAAUUUCAUACCUUCGUAGCCUAAAAUCAAUUUGAGUACCGGAGCGGGAAAAACAUUGCUUACUCAGCGAUAAACUAAUGUCUCAACAGGGGAAUCGCCUUGGAAAACAAAAAACAAAAGAAGUAGUGCAAGAAAGAGUGCUACAAGGGUUGUAGACGAGAGAGAGGGUGUCCAUGACUAGAAGGAGGUCAAUCAACAGAAAUCGUCUUUCAUCCGUUUUGAAAACAAAACGAUCAGAUGGAUAAGCAAAUCGAUCUUAUCUUCCACCUAUCAACAUAGAGCACAAAGUCAUUUGAUCCAGGCGAUUUCUCUCUAGUUUCCGAGAGUCAGUGGUCUCAGGUUGAUUAGAGCACUUUUCUUUCUAAACAUGAUCCACAGCAAGCCCGGUCGGUGGAAAGAAAGCAGACAAAACAAAUAGAAUAGGUUGAGUUGCCUGGCAAGACAAGAGGAGUGGUUCCCCAGGACUUGAAAGCAGAAUGGUUCAUGCCAAGAAGACGGAGCACAUCAUGCGGGAUACGUGAAGACCCUGGUUCCAAAGGCGCUAGAGAGUAGUUAGUCGAAGAUCCCGGUUGGAGCUCUCAAUCUUUCUUGGGCAGCGGCACUCUAUGAACUCGAACUAGAAGACUUCAUUUCACUAUUCUACUAAUUUGCACAUUGACUCUUAGACUCUAUCAUUCAUUACCUGUGAUGUCCUUCAUUUGCUCUUUCAUUCGAUCUAUGUCUUCCUUCAUGCAUGCACUGAGAUCAACUCCGAAAUAACUGUCCAGUAAAGAUCAAAACCCGGUCUUUGUUGGAGCUUCCUUGAGUGAGAAUCUUCCUCGGCAAUAGAUCAAUCGUAUCUUGGGGGAAUUCAUUGAAGAGCAGCAGUCGGAAGCUUUUAGAAAUUUUGAGAAUGAAUGAAUUGAAUGGGGAAAACAAAGAGCCCUUACCUUACCCUGAGGGCACAAUCUUCGCAGAACUCAGACCAACAAGGAAGGGCACCCUUGAGAGCCUAUAGCUCAAUGACUUAUGGAGAGUAGCGUCUCGCGGUCCAAUGGAAAGGUGCGGAGCAAAAAGCUCUUCUAAAAGAAAAAAGAAAUGACAAAAGACAGAGAUGAAAGAAGGACCAACGACGAUCCUAUACUAAAGGCGUUAGAUAAGGAGGAGUAGGAGGAGCUUUUUUCAUUGAAGUAGAGACAGAAUCGAAUGAUGACGAGAGAGAAUGAGAAAAAGCCUAAAGGGGAGAGCACUUCUCAAUUUCACUUUGAGUACGGGGAAGUCCGCAGGGAGGAAUUCAUCUGGGCGUAUUACAGUUUUUCACCGAGGGGGUGGAUCGAAGCGAUUGCAGCGAAAAAUUGACCUGAAACGAAGCACUUCGUCUAUGGGCAUUGUAGAAAGGAUCGAAUAUGACCCUAAUCGUUCUUCUCGGAUCGCUCUAGUACGAUGGAUCGAGGGGGUGCUGCUACGCCGCCAGAGGAAAUGCAACACGAACACGAUAGAAGAGUUCGCUCCGCCGCGUCAGAUCCUCGAAUCUACCACGGCCACCAUCUUUUGCCUAUUUUCGUUCUCUUCCCUGCCCCGGAAAGUGGAUCAAAGAAAGGUAGCUUGCUCCCAAGCCAAGUGCUUGCUUACGCUUUAUGUAGUGGUCGGCCUUCCUACCUUCAUGCCUCCUUGGUCGAAGAGCCAAGCCUGCGCAGGAAGCAAACAAACUUGCGCGAAGGACGUUUUCUUCUCUGCCCUGCCCUCUCCCUUGGCCAAGGGAGAGACUGCAUUCCUUUCCUUCGGUAGCUCUUUGGCUUUCCCAAGGAUAGCGAUAGCUGGGGCAAAGCCCGCUUUCUUCGCUCCGCGAAUGAGAGAGAAACUCAUAGGAAAAAAGACGUUUUCUCCUCUUUGCGAGAUCCGAAAGGGGAGAACGCAUUGCGUUCUCUGGGCACAUAGGAUCAAACGUCAAGCAGCGCUUUCUUGGCAAAGUUUGAGGCAGCAAGAAAAUUUAGGGCUUGUUGGAGCUGCUGAGCAUAACGAAUCGAAGCCGAAGGCGGAUCAAGGUAGCUUGCCUGCCACGAAGAAUGGAGCGUGCAAAGUCGAUCGUGCACCUGUCACUUAUAUAUUAGCCAGUCAUCGAUUGGAAGCGGGUCAGAUGGUGAUGAAUUGCGAUUGGUCCAAACCUUAUAAAAGCGGCUUCUUGCGACCUGCCCAGAAUGCCCAUACAUACCGUCGGUUCCAAGACCUUGUUCGCACAGCGAAUCAAGAUCGGGUUUCAGGGGGCAGUCAGCUGGCUGCUUCUUGGCCACGCCCCCCUGCUUAUAGAUACGAGAUACUUGAUCUAAAUUCUCAAGUAGGAAAUUGCAUACCAUUAGCUGAUAUACGUAUGGGAACAUUGGUACAUGAUAUUGAAUAUCAUCCAGGUAAAGGCGCAAUGCUGGCUCGAGCCGCAGGAACUUCUGCUAAAAUAAUGAAGGAGCCAGCCUCACAAUGUCUUGUGCGGCUACCUUCGGGUGUUGAAAAACUCAUAGAUUCCCGAUGCCGAGCUACUAUUGGUAUAGUUUCCAAUCCCCACCAUGGUGCACGUAAGCUUAGAAAAGCAGGACAAAGCCGGUGGUUAGGCAGACGCCCCAUUGUUCGUGGUGUUGCAAUGAAUCCAGUGGAUCAUCCUCAUGGAGGAGGUGAGGGGCGCACGAAAGGAGGUAGACCUUCGGUGUCACCUUGGGGGAAGCCCACCAAAGCAGGAUUUAGGGCAGUAGUGGGGGUGGGGAAACGCAGAAUUUAGUUCAUGCCACGACGAUCUAUAUGGAAGGGCAGUUUUGUUGAUGCUUUCCUGUUGAGAAUGAAGAAGAACAGAGAAAGUCUUUUGAGCAGGAAAAUUUGGUCACGUAGAUCUUCUAUUUCGCCGGAAUUCGUUGAUUGCUCCGUACUCAUUU